UUGUGCUGAGUUAUAAAGCUCAGCAUAUCCAGACUCCAAAAUAAAAUGGCUUCAUGCCUUACAUCAGUGUCCUUAGGAUUAAAAGAUGCUUUGCUUUCAGGAAUCAGAAGAAGAUGGAGUGGACUUCAUUGGUCGAUCUGCCCUGCUCAAACAGAAGCAGGAGGGAGUGAGGCAGAAAUUUGUCAUGUUCCUAUUGGACAAUCAUGACCUGGAGAAUGACCUUUGGCCUUGGGGAGGGGGAGCCAAUCUGGGAGGGUGGAAGGGUCGUUGGCAGGACGACGUCAGCAGGCUAUGGAUACACUCUGAAGAAACAGGUCUGCCUUGGUUUUGUGCGCAACCCCGACCCACAGACAGGAGAACGUCAGGUCAUCACCACCAACUUCAUCACCAAGAGCAAGUUCGAGAUCCAAAUAGCAGGGAAGAAGUUCAGCGCUGCAGCACGGUUGUUCCCACCACAAAUGUAAACUAAAGAAUUCGGUGUUGCAAACUUUUUCAUUGUGUAACAGUUCAUGUGUAUAUACUCAGUCUAUGUGGUCUAGAUAUACAGAUGUCAAAGAUAAUCACAGAUGCAAUGUAAAGAUUCUACUUGUAUGUCAAUGACUGCUCAACAGCAAUAUCUGCUGAACAGAU